AUGGACUAAAAUGAUUUUGAGGUAUUAUUCGUAAUGUAUCUAAGAUUUAAGUAGAAGUUAAUGAUCCUAAAAUUUAAUCAGGAAUCAAUAAAUACACAAUUUAUUCAGUGAGAGGAAUGGAUAAGAAUGGUCAAUUCGAUGUUGUUCGAAGAUUUAGUGAUUUUAGACUUAUUCGUCAAAUGUUAGUACAUAAAUGGCCUGGUUGUUACAUUCCACCAUUACCUCCAAGAAAAGCAUUAGUAGAUAUCUAUAUCUAAUAUUGACUAUAGGGAAAUAUGGAUUAAAAAUUUAUUGAUGAUAGAAUGCAUUCAUUAUAAGAGUGGAUGAGAACAAUAUCCCAACUUAAGUAUUUCUGGUACUCUGAAGAAUUUCAAUCAUUUAUCAAAGUCAAUGGUGAUAUAGAAAAAGUACAUUUAUAUAAUUAAAAGUUGAGGCAUUGGCAUAAGUACCAAAACUUACAUAUGAAGAAAUUAUUAAUAAAUAUUAGGAUACAUUUACAGACCUUUCAGGGGUAUAUAUAUAUUAUAUAUUAAUAGAGAGAAAUCAAUCGAGACCUAGUACAAAAAAUUAAUGAUUUCCAUUAGUUUUUAAGAAAAGUUAGUCCUAUGAUGGAAAACUUUAAAUAAAUUGCAAAGUAUUACAAUCUUUAAUUUAGAAAUAUCUAAUUGUCAAGAGAUAGUUAUCAAAAGUAGUUGAUUCACUUUUUACAAGUGUUAUUACCAGAAUAUGAAUAAUAAAUUCUUCUUGAAUUUACUGAGAGUCCUGAUAAAUUAGUAAUAUAAUCUAUUAAACUUGAUGAAUAUCCAGCAUAAAUCUUUAAUAAUUACUUAAAUGUCCUAAAUUAAGAUGAAUUCAUAGUAUUGUUUUAGGAAAUUAGAAAAGAAUCAAAAUAAUUAAGGGCAUUUCUUGAGACAAUGACCUAAAGAGAAAAAUAUGAAUAAUAAAAACUAUUUUUUGAACAAAAGCAAAAAGAAUUACAACUUGAAUUAUAAGAAAUAUUGGCAGGAAAAGCUUCAAUAAUGAAAAUAUUUUCUACUACGAAAAAAGAAGAUAAAAUAGCUAAAUUAUAAGUUGAAAUUGAUUCUACAACUAAAGAUAUUGAAAAUAUGCAAUUUAUUUGUGAUAUAUUGACAGUUUUAUUAGGAUAUAUUGAAAUAGAUAAAUUUAAAGUAAUGUAUAUAAAAUAUAAACUAGUUGGAAAAAUAAAAUAAUUAUUACAAAAUAGCUAAAAGAUUAAUAUAAUAUGAAAUAUAAUUAACAUAAGUAGCAGAAGAAUUUUGGGAAAGAAUUCAAUAAAAUUAUAAUUUAUUAUGA